AUGGCAACGGGCGGCGACGGUGGCCGCCGAGGGACAGAAAGGCUGCCCGAGCGGCGCCUGAGGCGCGCCGAGCGCGAGCGGCCUCCGCCGCCGCUGCCGCUUCUGAGGGCCGCCGCGGCUUCCGCCAUGGAAGGCCGGCCGAGCCAGGCCUCGCCGGCGGGAAAAGCCUCCCCUCCUCCUCCGCCGCGCUACCGCCUGGUGUCGGAGAUCGGGCGCGGGGCCUACGGCGUGGUCUACGAGGCGGUGUCCGGCCGGAGCGGCGCCCGGCUGGCCGUCAAGCGUCUCCGCUGCGACGCGCCGGAGAACGUGGAGCUGGCGCUGGCCGAGUUCUGGGCCCUGACCAGCCUGCGCCGCCACCACCCCAACGUGGUGCGCUUCGAGGAGUGCGUCCUGCAGCGCGACGGGCUCGGGCAGCGCAUGAGCCACGGCAACAAGCAGAGCGCGCUCUACCUGCGCCUGGUCGAGACCUCGCUCAAAGGUGAGAGGAUUCUGGGCUACGCCGAGGAGCCUUGCUACUUGUGGUUCGUCAUGGAGUACUGCGAAGGGGGAGACCUGAACCAGUACAUCCUCUCGCGCCGGCCCGACCCGGCCACCAACAAGAGCUUCAUGCUCCAGCUGACCAGCGCCAUCGCUUUCCUGCACAAAAACCACAUCGUGCACAGGGACCUGAAGCCGGACAACAUCCUGAUCACCGAGCAGUCGGGCGCGCCGGUGCUCAAAGUGGCCGAUUUCGGGCUGAGCAAGGUGUGCGCCGGCUUGGCCGCCCGAGGCAAGGAGGGCGGGGACGACGAGCACCAUGUGAAUGUGAACAAGUACUGGCUGUCCUCGGCUUGCGGCUCGGACUUCUACAUGGCUCCCGAAGUGUGGGAGGGACACUACACCGCCAAGGCGGACAUCUUUGCGCUGGGCAUCAUCAUCUGGGCCAUGAUCGAGCGGAUCACCUUUAUCGACGCCGAGACCAAGAAGGAGCUCUUGGGCACUUACAUCAAGCAGGGGACGGAGAUUGUACCUGUGGGGGAAGCGCUGCUGGAAAACCCCAGGAUGGUGUUGCACAUUCCUCAGAAACGCAGGACUUCCAUGUCUGAAGGGAUCAAGCAGCUCCUGAAGGACAUGUUGGCUGCUAAUCCCCAGGACCGGCCGGAUGCCUUUGAGCUGGAAUCCAGGAUGGACCAGGUUACGUGUGCUGCUUAA